AUGGUGGAAACGAUAGCUGUUGAGUCGAACAGAUAUGCCGAACAAGUGAAGGAGAUAUCCCCCCGCGCUUUUAUUAGUUGGUCUCCGGUCAAUGCCGCUGAUAUCUGGCGUUUCUUUGCUGUUAUUCUGGCCAUGACGCUUGUGAAAAAAUCAUCGUAUAAAGAAUACUGGUCUACGGACUCUUUAGUUUCGACCCCCUUUUUCCCAACAGUUAUGAGUCGAGAUAGGGCAAUUCAUGCUGGGAAAGAUCUAUGCACAGAUGAAAGCUUAUUUCCAUUCAAAGGGAGGCUGUCCUUUAAGCAGUACAAUCCUAAGAAGAGGUCAAGAUUCGGCGUGAAGCUUUUCCUGAUUGAGGAUUGCGCAAUACAAUUCGUUCUGGAUGUGCUUCCUUAUCAAGGAAAGAGCACCCAAAUUACCGAUCGCUCGUGGAUUGAAGCUGUUGGAUUCGGGGGAGCUGCCGUGCUGACCCUAUUGCAGUCAUUUUUAGAUUCUGGUAGCCGCGUUAUAGUCGAUAAUUGGUUCCACAGCCUCAAAUUAGCAAGAAUGUUGAAGGAUCGACUUACAUAUGUUUUAGUAACAGUUCAAAAACGUCGCAAAGGCAUGCCAAAGACUGUAAGGAUGACUCGAAAGCUCCAUAAAGGAGAGAUUGAAACCUUUAGCGAUGGAGAAGUUUUUAUAGAAAGGUGGAUGGAUAGGCGAGAAGUUCUUCUCCUGAACACUUUGAUGCCACAUGGAAUGACCGAAUCUCCUUCAACAAACCCAACCAAUCAGAGACUGAAGCCCGACACCGUUUUGCUAUACAAUAAAACUAUGGGUGGGGUGGAUAAUGUCGACAAAACAAUUAAGCCAAACCAAAGUCUCAGAAAGUCAUACAAAUGGUAUAAGAAGGUCGCGUUCUACUUAGUCGAGCUGGCGGUAUAUAACUCCAUGAUAAUUUAUAAUGCCACUCAAAAUGAUCGAGCCGGAUUCCGUCGCUUAAAUUACGAAGCAGUCGUUAAAUCGAUUAUCCAAAACAUUCUCAUUAAGUUCCCGGUACCUCGAAAACCUAGAGUGAGACCUUCUCAGAGCCGUUCUUCAGUACCAUUAACCAGUAUUCACAUCCCUGAACGAGUUUUAAAGGAAAAUGGCUAUCCGAGCAAAUCCAACUGCUUCCACUGCAGAACCAAGCUGGGUAAGAGGACCGUGACACAGUUCAAGUGCACUGGCUGUGAAAAACGACUGUGUAUUGGUAGCAGUGUCUUCAACUGCUUCAAAUUUCAUCACGACGAACUGGAAUCGCAGCAUCAGCAGGUGCCAUUAGCGGAUCGUACCGAGUCACAAAACACGGAGGGACAAAAUUCAAUACCUUACGAUUACAAUAGCUUGUUUGCAAUGUAUAACACACCACAAAAUGAUGAUAGUAAUGCAAAUGUUGAUGAUGAUUUGCUAUUCGUUUAG